UUCCCUUAAUUGCCACUGUUGAUCCACGUCACAAUUACAAACCAAACAAGUGACCACUCUAUAAAGCCUGGGCGUGCCGCACCCAGAAUUAUCAGACACCUCCUCGCAUAGUUACCGCUAAUAUCCUCGUCAAAAUGGUUCCAGCACCGUCCCUGCCUGUAGUUCAUGUCGAUAACGUGGCGUUCCAGCCCACGACAAAGGUUCCGGGCUCCGACAAGACCCUGUUCCUGGGCGGCGCAGGGGAGAGGGGAUUGGAGAUCCAAGGGAACUUCGUGAAGUUCACGGCCAUUGGCGUGUACUUAGAGGAUACCGCCGUGCCUUCGCUCGCCAUUAAGUGGAGCGGAAAGAGUGCGGAUGAGUUGUCGGAAUCCGUCGAGUUCUUCAGGGACAUCGUUACAGGCCCCUUUGAGAAGUUCAUGCGGGUGACAAUGAUCUUGCCAUUAACAGGUCACCAGUACUCAGAGAAGGUCUCGGAGAAUUGUGUUGCCUAUUGGAAAUCUGUCGGAAUUUACACUGAUGCAGAAGCCAAAGCCAUUGAAGACUUCCUUAAGGUCUUCAAGGAUGAGAAAUUCCCACCUGGCUCCUCUAUACUUUUCACACAAUCCCCCAAUGGCUCAUUAACGAUUAGCUUCUCCAAAGAUGAGUCCAUUCCCGAAUCUGGGAAUGCAGUGAUAAAAAAUAAGCUACUUUCAGAGGCAGUACUGGAGUCGAUUAUUGGCAAGCAUGGUGUUUCUCCGGCCGCAAAGAAGAGUUUGGCUACAAGAGUAUCAGAGUUGUUGAAAGAGAGCAAUGAUAAAGAAGCCGAAAAUCAUAAAUUGAAGGCUGAAAAUCAGAAACUGGAGACCGAAAAUCAGAAACUGAAGGCUGAAAAUCAGAAACUGGAGACCGAAAAUAAGAUAUUGAAGGCUGAAAACUCAGAGAUUGAAGGCCAAAAAUAAGAAAAUUGGAGACCGAAAAGGUCACUGAAGAACACGAAUCAAUGUGUUAGGAACCUGAUGCGAAACGCACCGCUUGGAAAAUUAAUCACUAGUCGUUUUAUGCUUAUUUCCUUCGGUUAAAAUGUUGUAUUUUACUUUCCACGUGUUGCAUUAUCAUUAGAGGAGUUUAUUA